AUGGAUUCUGAUCUCCGAGCUGAGGGUAGCAUUGAUGAUGACGAUGCCGAUGGCACUGAUGCAACCGGUGCCAUCAUUCCCGUGGCUCAAGCUACUCCCAUUCCAAACACAGGAUCAACGGCUGCACCUUCUCCUAUGGCCUCCGCACAAAUCAUCAUUCCAGAAUCUGAAUCUAAUGAUGCACUUCCGGAAGGCGAAGCGGAGCCACAGCAGCCGCGCCGAACCACCAGAAACAACAAAUUCAAUUCAGCUAGGAGGGAAGAAGCAGACAGAUUGGCAGCCAUAAGAGCAGUCAUCAGCAGUUAA